AUGGGCGACAGGUACCCCUCGGCCAUCAAGGAUGCGUCCCCUCUGGGCCAACCCCUCAAGUUCGAGUUCAGCGGCCGCACAGCCCGCAACCGCUUCCUCAAGGCUGCCAUGACUGAGCGUCUUUCGUCGUGGGAUCCCGUUCAUCUGGAGAAACGAGGUGUUCCGUCCAAAGAACUCGCCGAAGUCUAUCGAAGAUGGGGAGAAGGGGAUUUUGGCGUGAUUCUGACGGGCAAUAUCAUGGUCGACUAUAAGAGUUUGGAAGCCCCUGGCAACCCUAUCAUCCCACCAGAUGCCCCCUUUGAGGGAGCCCGUUUCGAAGGGUUCAAGGCGAUCGCGACUCAAGCCAAAGAAGCGCACGGAAACUUGAUCCUGGGCCAAGUCAGCCACCCAGGCCGUCAAGUCGAAGAGAGACUCGAGUCCAAUCCCGUCUCCGCCAGCGAUGUUCAGCUGGUCAGAAGCCUCACGGGGAUGAAAUUCGCCAAACCCCACGCAGCCUCGCUCGAAGAGAUCAAGGACAUCGUGAACCGCUUCACCCAUGCCGCCGAGUAUCUAGCCAAAGCUGGGUACGACGGUAUUGAGCUUCAUGGAGCUCAUGGCUAUCUCCUAGCCCAAUUUCUCAGUCGGACAACCAACAAGAGGACCGACCAAUACGGCGGAUCUCUGCAAAACCGUGCUCGCAUCAUCCUCGAAAUCGCCCAAUCCAUUCGCCAGAAGCUGCCUGGAUCGUCAGGCUUUGUGCUUGGAAUCAAGGUCAACUCGGUCGAGUUCCAGGAGGAUGGAUUCACCCCCGAGGAAGCCAAAGAACUCUGCGUUCUGCUGGAGCAGGCCCAGUUCGAUUUCGUGGAGCUCUCGGGUGGCACGUAUCAGUCCCUCGCGUUUGUCCAUAAGAGGGAGUCGACCCGGAAGAGAGAGGCAUUUUUCAUCGAAUUUGCUGAAAUGAUCGCUCCCGCGCUGAAGAAAACAAAGUCGUACAUCACCGGCGGAUUCAAGACCGUCGAGGGUAUGGUCAACGCGUUGAAGAGUGUCGAUGGUGUCGGGCUAGGUCGACCCGUGUGCCAGGAGUUUUAUUUGCCCAAGGACAUGUUGGCGGGCAAGGUCUCAGGUGCUCUCCAUCAGCAGAUCGAUCCAGAUGAAUUCAUGCUCGGAAACGUCAUUGCCGGCACCCAGAUACGGCAAGUCAGUAAAGGCGAAGAGCCGAUCGAUAUGUCGGUGCAGGAGAACGUCGAGGCCUUUUUGAAAGAAAUGGGGCCAUGGAUGCAGAAGAUAGGCUCCGGGGAUCUCACCAACUAUGGAUUCAUCGACUUUGAGAACAUCCAAGCAAAGCCGUUUGGCACUUCUGCAGCGGCGGCAUAG